UCAGUUUCUACAGAGAGGAAUCUCCAGUCUCCAUGGGAGGAUCAUGGAUUUUCCUGGUCACUUUGAACAGAUCUUCCAGCAACUGAACUAUCAGAGACUUCAUGGCCAGCUCUGUGAUUGUGUCAUUGUAGUGGGGAACAGACACUUUAAAGCCCACCGCUCUGUUCUGGCAGCAUGCAGCACGCAUUUCCGAGCCCUGUUCUCAGUGGCGGAGGGAGAUCAGACCAUGAACAUGAUCCAGCUGGAUAGUGAGGUAGUGACAGCAGAGGCCUUUGCUGCGCUGAUUGACAUGAUGUAUACCUCCACCCUCAUGCUGGGGGAGAGCAAUGUUAUGGAUGUCUUAUUGGCAGCCUCUCACCUGCAUUUGAACUCUGUGGUUAAGGCAUGUAAACAUUACCUAACGACAAGGACGCUACCCAUGUCUCCUCCCAGCGAGCGCGUUCAGGAGCAGAGCGCCCGCAUGCAGCGCUCCUUUAUGCUGCAGCAGCUGGGACUAAGCAUUGUGAGCUCAGCCCUCAAUUCCAGCCAGAGUGGUGAGGAGCAGCCAGCCCCCAUGAGCUCGUCCAUGCGCAGUAACCUGGACCAGCGGACACCCUUCCCCAUGAGACGCCUUCAUAAGCGCAAGCAGUCUGCAGAGGAGCGGGCCAGGCAGCGCCUCCGGCCCUCCAUGGAUGAGUCUGCCAUUUCAGAUGUUACACCAGAGAACGGGCCUUCGGGGGUUCAUUCUCGGGAGGAGUUCUUUUCACCAGAUUCUCUAAAAAUUGUGGAUAACCCUAAAGCCGAUGGAAUGACCGACAACCAGGAAGACAGUACUAUCAUGUUUGACCAAUCUUUUGGUGCUCAAGAAGAUGCCCAGGUGCCCAGCCAGUCUGACAACAGUGCCGGCAACAUGGCACAGCUGUCUAUGGCCUCUCGUGCAACUCAGGUUGAGACUAGUUUCGAUCAGGAAGCUGCAACUGAGAAAAGUGGUUUUCAGUGUGAAAAUCCUGAGGUUGGCCUUGGUGAGAAGGAGCACAUGAGAGUGGUGGUUAAAUCUGAGCCCCUGAGCUCCCCCGAGCCUCAGGAUGAAGUGAGUGACGUGACCUCGCAGGCAGAAGGCAGCGAGUCCGUGGAAGUGGAAGGAGUUGUGGUCAGUGCCGAGAAGAUAGACCUCAGCCCUGAAAGCAGUGAUCGGAGUUUUUCAGAUCCCCAGUCUAGCACGGACAGGGUAGGUGACAUCCACAUUUUGGAAGUCACAAAUAACCUAGAGCAUAAGUCAACUUUUAGUAUUUCAAAUUUUCUUAAUAAGAGUAGAGGAAGUAACUUCAGCACAAAUCAGAACAAUGAUGAUAAUAUCCCAAACACCACUAGUGACUGCAGGCUGGAGGGCGAGGCCCCUUAUUUGUUGAGUCCAGAGGCUGGGCCUGCAGGCGGGCCCUCUUCUGCCCCUGGCUCCCACGUGGAGAACCCAUUUAGUGAACCUGCAGACUCCCACUUUGUUAGGCCUAUGCAGGAGGUGAUGGGCCUGCCGUGUGUGCAGACAUCCGGGUACCAAGGAGAACAGUUUGGGAUGGAUUUUUCCAGGUCUGGUUUGGGUCUCCACUCCUUCUCCAGGGUAAUGAUAGGUUCCCCAAGGGGAGGAGCCAGUAACUUUCCAUACUACCGCCGCAUAGCUCCAAAAAUGCCAGUUGUAACUUCUGUCAGGAGCUCACAGAUCCCAGAAAAUUCUGCCAGUUCCCAGCUAAUGAUGAAUGGGGCCACAUCCGCAUUUGAAAAUGGCCAUCCUUCCCAGCCUGGCCCUCCACAGUUGACCAGGGCAUCUGCUGAUGUCCUGUCAAAGUGCAAGAAGGCCUUAUCAGAGCACAAUGUUUUGGUUGUGGAGGGAGCUCGAAAGUAUGCCUGCAAAAUCUGCUGCAAAACUUUUCUGACUUUGACAGACUGCAAGAAGCACAUCCGUGUUCACACAGGUGAAAAGCCCUACGCCUGCCUCAAGUGUGGCAAGAGGUUUAGUCAGUCCAGCCACCUGUAUAAACACUCGAAGACCACCUGCCUGCGCUGGCAGAGCAGCAAUCUUCCCAGCACUUUGCUCUAGCUACGUGUCCUCACGAGACCAUGGUGAGGCCAGUUGGAGGACUGAAACUAGAAUCUCUUUUGGUAAGCAAUGAAUGCCACUGGGUUUGAGGCUUCAGGCUGCCCAGUGGCUCUUGCAAAUUUCAGCAACUAAUAAGUGGAGAACUAAUACAUGUAGCAUUUGCGCUGCUGCAUUUCUGAGUGAAGUGCACGCCUUGGGAGAGGGAUGCAAUCCCCGAAACCAAGUUCUUCCUUAGGAUUGAGUAAUACGGUCAUAAAGUAAUUUGUAACUGAUGUUAAAAGUGGCACAUUU